GAUAAAGCAGCAGAGCCUGCAUGUGAGGAUCAACGUGUUUAAGUGGACUCUGUUUAAACUUUCGGGAUGUUUCACCUCAGACUCAUCUCCUGUUAGCCAAGAAUGCUAAAGGAAGUUAGCUUGUCAGCAGGAAGUAGCCGGAGCCGGAGCUCGGCCUCACAGUGUGUAUUUUAUCAGAGUGAGCUGCGUGUCUGUAACGGAGUGUGUCUGGAGGAAAAGCUGCUGUAAACAUGUCUAAAGUCCAAACGCUGAGAGCUUUUGUCCAGCAGCGACUAAGUGCGGCUGCUGAAGAGAUAUUUGAGCUGUUUGAAAGAACGAUAGCAGAGUACGAGGAGGAACUUUGUGGACAACGCAAACUACUGGACGCUGUUUUCAAGCCUGAAGUCCGGUUACACAGAGCAGAUGUCCAGCUGCUGGUGAGUAAAGAACAGAUUCCCCCUGAGCAGCAGGAGAGGAGCCUCAGUCUGGACCAGGAGGACCCACCAGAGCUCCCACAAAUUAAAAAGGAGUGGCGCCUCAGUCUGGACCAGGAGGACCCACCAGAGCUCCCACAAAUUAAAAAGGAGUGGAGCCUCAGUCUGGAUCAGGAGGACCCACCAGAGCCUCCACACAUUAAAAAGGAAAAGGAGGGAGAGCAGCUUCGAGGGCUGGAGGAGGCUGAUAUCACCAAGUUCCUAUUCACUCCUGUCCCUGUGAAGAGUGAAGAAGACAAUGAAGAGAAACCUCAGUCCUCACAACUUCAUCAAAGUGUAACUGAACAGAUGGAAACACAAGCUGAUGGAGCGGACUGUGGAGGACCAGAACCAGCCAGGAACUUGGAUUCAGAUAGACAUUUACAACCUGAGACUGAUGACACGUCCCACUCUGAACCUGAAACUGAUGACAGUUGUGAUUGGGAGGAGACCAGGGAACCUCAGUCAGGUUCAAACCCUCUGCGAAACAAUGAAGUACCUGUAAGUGAUCAGGAAUGUAAUACUGGAAAAACACCAAGUAGCUCUUCGGAAUGUGCUACAAGCUCUGGCCACAAAGAACAUCUGCAGGAACACAACGAACUCCGAACAGCAGAGAAACCAUUUAGAUGUUUAGAUUGUGGUAAAAGAUACUCGGGGAGGAAGUCCUUAAGGAAUCAUAUGAGACUUCAUUUAGAAGGAAAACGUUUCAGCUGCUCAGUUUGUACAAAAACCUUUCAAUCAAGCAGUGAGGUUGUGAUGCACAUGAGAAUCCACACAGGGGAGAAACCAUACAGUUGUUCCAUAUGCAGUAAGAGCUACUUCAGGAAUAAGUCAUUAAGGGAACAUAUGAGACUUCAUUCAGAACAAGGUUUCAGCUGCUCAGUUUGUAAAAGAAUUUUCAGUGACAGAAGCUCUUUGUCUAGACACACAGUAAUUCACACAGGGGAAAAACCCUUCAGUUGUUCACUUUGUGGUAAAGG